CGGGGCUUCGGUAACCCGGGCGACUCGACCGGAAGCUGAGGGACAGCACCAAGCUACGGCGGGGCCGGGCCUCUGGGGAGGUGCCAGGGUUUGAUUAACGGAGCUGAACGGCCGCGGAAACAUCGAGAUGUCAUUUGUGAGGCUGAGCCGUUUUGGUCCCCGUGGAAAUGCAAGAAAAGUGCUGAAAGCUAAAAAGAAGAAAACUCCAUUGAAGCAAGAAUGGGAUAGUACCGUGAAUGAUUUAACAGUACAUCGAGCAACUCCUGAAGACCUGGUACGUCGUCAUGAACUACACAAAUCAAAGAAUAGAGCACUUGCCCAUUGGGAACUUCAAGAGAAAGCUUUGAAGAGAAAAUGGAAAAAGCAGAAACAGGAUACUCCAGAUCUUCUUGGAAAAAGGAGAUUGGCUAUCAUGAAGGAGAUCCUCUCCGAUCACUACCAGAUGCAAGAUACAUUGGAAAAAUCUGAUGAGAUGAUGGCUGUAGCAAAAGAUCUGUUUGGUGAUGCCCCUCGUAGGCGCACAGGCUAUCCUAAUGUAACAGUUGCUCCUGCCUCUGAGAUUGGUUCCUCCCCUGGCCCUAUUGUGUCAAAAAGAGAUUCUCUUACUGAGUCAAUCAAUGAAUCUGCUAUUGACCCUCAGGCUCUUAAUGAAGUAGAAGAAGAAGGUGACGAAAUUGUAAUCAGCCAGUCAGAAGAUAGUGAAAGUGAAUUGGAUGGCUCUCUGAACUUUCAGUCUAAUAUAAGAACAGACAGGCUUCUUCAGCGCCUGAAUGAGGAGAAUUCUGAAUUCAUUUCUAAGUUAUGUACAGAUAUGCGGCAAAAAAUUGCUUCAUCACAAAAAAUGACUCCACCAACCACUCCAACGGUUGUUGCUCCAUCAUUGGAAAAUAGAGCUUUGAAUGGUACUCAAACAGUCAAGAGGAUCCAGUCAAGACUGCCAUCUGAGGAAUCUGCACAGAAUGUAGAUGCAAAUUAUGUUGCUGGGCAAAUGCUGAAUCCUAACUCAAGAAAACAAAAGCAGCAGUUAGCCAAAGUGAAGAAAAAACCAGAUAUUUCCAAGAUGAAGAAAAAUGUUUCUUUCAACAAUGUAACCACCUCAGAUUUACCAAGUGGUGAUGGCUCCAGCCUGGAUACCCUAAAACACAUGAUACACGAAGUGGAGCAUGAAAUGGAAGAAUAUGAACGAUGGACAGGGCGAGAAGUCAAGGGAUGGAAAAAUAAUCAAGGUCUGACUGGUUUUACCUUAUCCCUAGUGAGCUCCCUCUGUCGGCUGGUGCGCUACCUUAAGGAGAGUGAGAUGCAACUGCGUAAGGAGGUUGAUACAAGGCAACAACUGGAAGUGGUAUUAGGUGAUCAUCGAGAAUUGAUUGAUGCCCUGACUGCAGAAAUUCUCCUUCUCAGAGAUGAAAAUACUGCUUUACAAGCAAAAUUGCAGCAGUACAUGGUAACAACUGAUGAGCAAUUAAUUUCACUCGCACAUGCCAUUAAAAGUAUCCCUAUAAUAGGAUCUAACAGAGAAGAAAACCCAGUCUCAGAAAGGGGAUUAGCAAUCAGAAGCAUUGCCAAUAGUCAAGAGGCUCCAGUUAUAAAUGAUAACAUCUCUGUUCCAUUGAUAUUCAGAAGGGAAGUGACUGAAUUCCCCCAGGAAGAACUACCUGUUAAGCUGACUCAGUUGCCAAAUCCCCCAGAUGGUUCGGGUCUUCCCAGCAGUUUACCGGUCCAUAUGUUUGAGCCAGCUGUUAUGCUAACACCUCCUAGGCAAAAAAGCAACCCAGAGUUCCCUCCAAUGCAGGAAGUGUUGAGGAGGACAGUUCAAACUCGUCCUGCCCCACGUAUUCUUCCAAGUGUAGAAAUAACUGAGAAGGAACAAAAUUGGGAAAAGAAGAACUUGCCUAACACUGUAGAAAUUCCAAACUCAAAUGAGGAAAACCGUCUCUUCACCCAGAGAUGGAGAGUUUCUCAUAUGGAUGAAGAUUUAGAGAACAAAACCCAGCCUUUAUUUACCAGCAUGUCACAGGCCCAGUGCCCUCCUUCCCAUUUUCAGCAUUCGGGGAACCAUACUUUUCCAGAAGAACCUCCAGUACUUGGAGAUGGACAGCAGCUAAGAACAGAUGAGCCUUUCCUGCAUAAUAAAGAUCUGAUGGCUCGAAUUGCUGAAUUAACACUGCAAAAUUCUGCUAUUAAAGCACAUCUGAACAAUUUUAUAGGACCUUCAGGGGAACAAGGAGAUGGACCUCAGGAUCCAGCCAAACUGGAAAAUAUAAACGACAUGACAACAACUUUUCCAGCAAUGCAAAUACAAAUUCCAAACAGCAUGGAGGAACGAAUAGCAGAAUUGAAUCGUCAGAGUGUAGAGGCUCGUGGGAAAUUGCUGCAGUUAAUAGAACAGCAAAAACUUGUCUGUUUGAAUUCUUCCCCUCCGUCAAGUUCUCCUGGUCACUCACCUUUGAGAGCAUGGACUGAAGGUGGAAAGAGGACAAUUGAAGUGUCUGUUCCAGGGGCAGAAGCUACUGAGUGCUUGAAAGGCAGUGCUAUUUCUCCUGCUAAUGGGAUGAAUGCAAGAAGAUCUUCAGGUGCCACCAGUUAUUCCUGCUCCCCAUUAAAUACCACUUCAGGGAGUGGAAGAUUUACACCUCUCAAUCAGAGGGCAAAGGUUGAGAAGCAAAGAGAAGAAGGCUGGUUUGCUCUCUCUACACAUGUGACAUAAGUGAAGUUUGUUUUACAGACUUUGUUUUAUUUUUAAAUAUUUUCUUCAUGAACUUCAUUUCCCAGCCUCCCCUCCCCCCAACUUUUGUUAUUCCUUUAGUUCACACACAAAAACUUAUACGUCAGUUCUUCUGUUAGAAGUAAAACAUUUAUCAUAUUUCUGCAUUUAUUUUGAAUGGUGACCUUUUGAAAAAAUACCUAUUUAAGAAACAGCCCUUCCGAACAGAAAUUUGAAAGUUAGGGAAUUACAGUAUAACAUUCCAGUUAUUUCUUUUGUGGAACCAAGUUGAGGACAAAAUGAGCCUUUUAAAUUUCUCACUAUUUGAUUUUAACAAAAACUAUAACAUUUGUUUCUGAAACUAUUAAAUUCUUGUUUUUUUGGUCACCUAAUAAGUGUUACCUUUGACAAACUCUUAGCUUUUUUUUUUUUUUAAAGAACAGAGUUGGUGAAGGUCAGUCUUUGUAAUAAAAGUUUUCUCUCUGGUAUGAGUACAAUUAUUGAUUUAUGAAAAUAUUUUUAACAUCUUCAUGAUCUCAGACUAACUCCUUUGGAAGUUACUGCUUUCUCCCACUUUUUUUGAGCACGUUAAUUUUUUUUUAAUGGAUGUGUGAGUAUGUUUGUGUGUGUUCAGUAAAUGAGAAUAGUUGUAUAUAUAUUAUAGAAUGUGCUUAUUUUUUUUUUAAUGUAAACUUAGCUAUAAUGGUGAGCAAUGAAUUUUAAAAUAAAAAAAUAGUAAUUUGCAUCUUAAAUUUUUAUGUUCACUAUUGUAACAGUACCCAUUUUUAUAAGUAUCAAAUGUCAAAAAGCAAUAAUAAUUAGCUAAUGCUAGAUCUGGUAACUGAAAAGGGAUUAUGGAUUAUGGAUUUAAAAAUUAUUCCUUCCUUGUGUUAUCUUAAAAGAGAUCAUUAUAGGACAAUAAGCAAACUGAGUAUAAGUAAGUACUUUGCAGUUUCCCAAAUAGGUUGGGCAUUGAGUUCUCUUGAAAACUUGAUUUUUAAAAUAUUUGUUAUUUUUAUCUUUUAGAUAUUGACUUAUUCAGCCUGUAUUUGUUAAAGUUUUUAUUUAUUAAUCAUGCUCAGUGGUAAAAAUGGAAAUUUUUUCCUCAAGAAAUACUGACUGUAUUUCCAUUAAAUUAUUUGUAUAGUUUGUCCUCCAUCCUUAUUCACUUUUUUGUUUUAACUGGCAUUGCACUGUGUGUAAUAGUACUUUAAUAAAUGUUAUCCCAGUCUGAGUCAUAAACCA